AUGAAGCAUUUGCCAUCGAAACCCCCUGUUGAGGAAAAGCCAACAAAGCCAGCUCCAGAAGAGAGUGGCGCUCCUCCUCAAGAACCAACUGCACCGAAGGACAAGACACCCCCAUCUCCAACCUCCGGCAUCAAGGAGCCAGAACCAUCACCCCCAACUCCAGGCCCAGAAGACUGUACUCCAGGCUGGUCUGAUUGGUACGAUGAGCAAUAUCCUGAUGAAGAAAAUGGCGGAGAUGAGGAAUCUUACCAGAAGGUCAUAGCCUCAGGGAAAGUGGUUUGUCUGCCUGACUCACCAGUGCAAAACAUUGAAUGCAAAGCAGAGAGAUUCCCUAAUACCCCAUGGCAGGAAUUGGGCCAGACAAUCACUUGUGACAAGAAUGAAGGACUGAAAUGUGUAAAUGAGGAUCAAGGAGGACUGCCAUGUUACAACUACAAGGUCAGAUUCUGCUGCUCCAGAGCAAGUGGACCCCCUGAACCAACUCCAUCUUCACGAAGCCCAGAACCAACUAAAUCUAAGGACAAGACACCCGCACCUCCAACCUCCAGCAACAAGGAGCCAGAACCAUCACCCCCAAGUCCAGGCCCAGUGACACCCAAACCCCCGGUUGAGGAAAAGCCAACAAAGCCAGCUCCAGAAGAGAGUGGCGCUCCUCCUCAAGAACCAACUGCACCGAAGGACAAGACACCCCCACCUCCAACCUCCGGCAAAGAGGAGCCAGAACCGACAUCCCCCGAAGGGCCAGUAACACCGAAACCCCCGGUUGAGGAAAAGCCAACAAAGCCAGCUCCAGAAGAGAGUGGCGCUCCUCCUCAAGAACCAACUGCACCGAAGGACAAGACACCCCCACCUCCAACCUCUGGCAUCAAGGAGCCAGAACCAUCACCUCCAACUCCAGGCCCAGAAGACUGUACUCCAGGCUGGUCUGACUGGUACGAUGAGCAAUAUCCUGAUGAAGAAAAUGGCGGAGAUGAGGAAUCUUACCAGAAGGUCAUAGCCUCAGGAAAAGUGGUUUGUCUGCCUGACUCACCAGUGCAAAACAUUGAAUGCAAAGCAGAGAGAUUCCCUAAUACCCCAUGGCAGGAAUUGGGCCAGACAAUCACUUGUGACAGGAAUGAAGGACUGAAAUGUGUAAAUGAGGAUCAAGGAGGACUGCCAUGUUACAACUACAAGGUCAGAUUCUGCUGCUCCAGAGCAGGUGGCCCCCCUCCACCACCCAUUACUCAGGCCCCAACCAAAGGGGCCCCUGAGAAUCCACCAACAGCAGCUGCUCCGGAAACAACGAAAAGGAAACCAAAGUCCCCACCAGUGCCUAAAGAGACGACUAUAGGUGAAGAAUGGAUUCUUCCAGUAACACGGCAACAAAUUGAGGCUACAAAACCAAAUGAAACACCCACCAAUCAAGACGAAUGUGCUUUAGGCUGGUCUGAAUGGUACGAUGAUCAAUAUCCUGAUGAAGAAAAUGGCGGAGAUGAGGAAUCCUACCAAAAGAUUAUAGACUCGGGGAGAGAGGUCUGUCUGCCUGACUCAUCAGUGGAAAAAAUUGACUGCAAAGCAGAGAGAUUCCCUAAUACCCCAUGGGAGGAAUUGGGGCAAAUAAUCACUUGUGACCAGAGCACAGGCUUGAUAUGCUCUAAUAACGAUCAGGACUUUUUGCCAUGUUACAACUAUAAGAUCAGAUUCUGCUGCUCCAAAUCAGGUGGCCCCCCUCCACCAUCCAAUACUCAGGCCCCAACCAAAGGGGCCCCUGAGAAACCAACGACAGCAGUGGCUCCAGAAACAACGAAAAGGAAACCAGCGCCCCCACCAGUGCCUGAAGAAACAACUUCAGCUAAAGGCGGCAGUGUUUCAGUGACACAAGCCUCAAGAAAGACACCACAGCCAUCUGAAAAACCAACACCCAACGUGACACCUAAACCCCCGGUUGAGGAAAAGCCAACAAAGCCAGCUCCUGAAGAGAGUGGCGCUCCUCCUCAAGAAUCAACUGCACCGAAGGACAAGACACCCCCACCUCCAACCUCCGGCAACAAGGAGCCAGAACCAUCACCCCCAAGUCCAGGCCCAGUAACACCGAAACCGCCGGUUGAGGAAAAGCCAACAAAGCCAGCUCCAGAAGAGAGUGGCGCUCCUCCUCACGAACCAACUGCACCGAAGGACAAGACACCCCCACCUUCAACCUCCGGCAUAAAGGAGCCAGAACCCUCACCCUCAGAAGGGCCAGUGCCAUCGAAACCCCCUGUUGAGGAAAAGCCAACAAAGCCAGCUCCUGAAGAGAGUGGCGCUCCUCCUCAAGAACCAACUGCACCGAAGGACAAGACACCCGCACCUCCAACCUCCGGCAUCAAGGAGCCAGAACCCUCACCCCCAACUCCAGUCCCAGUGACACCCAAACCCCCGGUUGAGGAAAAGCCAACAAAGCCAGCUCCAGAAGAGAGUGGCCCUCCUCCUCCAGAGCCAACUGGAUCGAAGGACAAGACACCCCCACCUCCAACCUCCAGCAACAAGGAGACAGAACCAUCACCCCGAUCAGGGCCAGUAACACCAAAACCGCCGGUUGAGGAAAAGCCAACAAAGCCAGCUCCAGAAGAGAGUGGCGCUCCUCCUCAAGAACCAACUGCAUCGAAGGAGAAGUCACCCGCACCUCCAACCUCCAGCAACAAGCAGCCAGAACCAUCACCCCCAGAAGGGCCAGUGACACCGAAACCCCCGGUUGAGGAAAAGCCAACAAAGGCAGCUCCAGAAGAGAGUGGCGCUCCUCCUCAAGAACCAACUGCACCGAAGGACAAGACACCCACACCUCCAACCUCCGGCAACAAGGAGCCAGAACCAUCACCCCCAGAAGGGCCAGUGACACCAAAACCCCCCGUUGAGGAAAAGCCAACAAAGCCAGCUCCUGAAGAGAGUGGCGCUCCUCCUCAAGAACCAACUGCAUCGAAGGACAAGACACCCCCACCUCCAACCUCCAGUAGCAAGGAGCCAGAACCAUCACCCCCAACUCCAGGCCCAGAAGACUGUACUCCAGGCUGGUCUGACUGGUACGAUGAGCAAUAUCCUGAUGAAGAAAAUGGCGGAGAUGAGGAAUCUUACCAGAAGGUUAUAGCCUCAGGGAAAGUGGUUUGUCUGCCUGACUCACCAGUGCAAAACAUUGAAUGCAAAGCAGAGAGAUUCCCUAAUACCCCAUGGGAGGAAUUGGGCCAGACAAUAACUUGUGACAAGAAUGAAGGACUGAAAUGUGUAAAUGAGGAUCAAGGAGGACUUCCAUGUUACAACUACAAGGUCAGAUUCUGCUGCUCCAGAGCAGGUGGACCCCCUGCACCAACUCCAUCUAAAGCAAGCCCAGAACCAACUGCAUCGAAGGACAAGACACCCGCACCUCCAACCUCUGGCAUCAAGGAGCCAGAACCCUCAAAGCCAGAAGGGCCAGUGACACCGAAACCCCCGGUUGAGGAAAAGCCAACAAAGGCAGCUCCAGAAGAGAGUGGCGCUCCUCCUCAAGAACCAACUGCAUCGAAGGAGAAGUCACCCGCACCUCCAACCUCCAGCAACAAGGAGCCAGAACCAUCACCCCCAGAAGGGCCAGUGACACCAAAACCCCCCGUUGAGGAAAAGACACCCCCACCUCCAACCUCCAGCAGCAAGGAGCCAGAACCAUCACCCCCAACUCCAGGCCCAGUGACACCAAAACCCCCGGUUGAGGAAAAGCCAACAAAGGCAGCUCCAGAAGAGAGUGGCGCUCCUCCUCAAGAACCAACUGCAUCGAAGGAGAAGUCACCCGCACCUCCAACCUCCGGCAACAAGGAGCCAGAACCAUCACCCCCAGAAGGGCCAGUGACAAAAAAACCCCCCGUUGAGGAAAAGCCAACAAAGCCAGCUCCUGAAGAGAGUGGCGCUCCUCCUCAAGAACCAACUGCAUCGAAGGACAAGACACCCCCACCUCCAACCUCCAGCAACAAGGAGCCAGAACCAUCACCCCCAACUCCAGGCCCAGUGACACCAAAACCCCCGGUUGAGGAAAAGCCAACAAAGGCAGCUCCAGAAGAGAGUGGCGCUCCUCCUCAAGAACCAACUGCAUCGAAGGAGAAGUCACCCGCACCUCCAACCUCCAGCAACAAGGAGCCAGAACCAUCACCCCCAGAAGGGCCAGUGACACCAAAACCCCCGGUUGAGGAAAAGCCAACAAAGGCAGCUCCAGAAGAGAGUGGCGCUCCUCCUCAAGAACCAACUGCAUCGAAGGAGAAGUCACCCGCACCUCCAACCUCCAGCAACAAGGAGCCAGAACCAUCACCCCCAGAAGGGCCAGUGACACCAAAACCCCCCGUUGAGGAAAAGCCAACAAAGCCAGCUCCUGAAGAGAGUGGCGCUCCUCCUCAAGAACCAACUGCAUCGAAGGAAAAGACACCCCCACCUCCAACCUCCAGUAGCAAGGAGCCAGAACCAUCACCCCCAACUCCAGGCCCAGUGACACCAAAACCCCCGGUUGAGGAAAAGCCAACAAAGGCAGCUCCAGAAGAGAGUGGCGCUCCUCCUCAAGAACCAACUGCAUCGAAGGAGAAGUCACCCGCACCUCCAACCUCCAGCAACAAGGAGCCAGAACCAUCACCCCCAGAAGGGCCAGUGACACCGAAACCCCCGGUUGAGGAAAAGCCAACAAAGCCAGCUCCUGAAGAGAGUGGCGCUCCUCCUCAAGAACCAACUGCAUCGAAGGACAAGACACCCCCACCUCCAACCUCCAGUAGCAAGGAGCCAGAACCAUCACCCCCAACUCCAGGCCCAGUGACACAAAAACCCCCGGUUGAGGAAAAGCCAACAAAGGCAGCUCCAGAAGAGAGUGGCGCUCCUCCUCAAGAACCAACUGCAUCGAAGGAGAAGUCACCCGCACCUCCAACCUCCAGCAACAAGGAGCCAGAACCAUCACCCCCAGAAGGGCCAGUGACACCGAAACCCCCGGUUGAGGAAAAGCCAACAAAGGCAGCUCCAGAAGAGAGUGGCGCUCCUCCUCAAGAACCAACUGCAUCGAAGGAGAAGUCACCCGCACCUCCAACCGCCAGCAACAAGGAGCCAGAACCAUCACCCCCAGAAGGGCCAGUGACACCGAAACCCCCGGUUGAGGAAAAGCCAACAAAGGCAGCUCCAGAAGAGAGUGGCGCUCCUCCUCAAGAACCAACUGCAUCGAAGGAGAAGUCACCCGCACCUCCAACCUCCAGCAACAAGGAGCCAGAACCAUCACCCCCAGAAGGGCCAGUGACACCAAAAUCCCCCGUUGAGGAAAAGCCAACAAAGCAAGCUCCUGAAGAGAGUGGCGCUCCUCCUCAAGAACCAACUGCAUCGAAGGAAAAGACACCCGCACCUCCAACCUCCAGUAGCAAGGAGCCAGAACCAUCACCCGCAACUCCAGGCCCAGUGACACCGAAACCCCCGGUUGAGGAAAAGCCAACAAAGGCAGCUCCAGAAGAGAGUGGCGCUCCUCCUCAAGAACCAACGGCAUCGAAAGAGAAGUCACCCGCACCUCCAACCUCCAGCAACAAGGAGCCAGAACCAUCACCCCCAGAAGGGCCAGUGACACCGAAACCCCCGGUUGAGGAAAAGCCAACAAAGGCAGCUCCAGAAGAGAGUGGCGCUCCUCCUCAAGAACCAACUGCAUCGAAGGAGAAGUCACCCGCACCUCCAACCGCCAGCAACAAGGAGCCAGAACCAUCGCCCUCAGAAGGGCCAGGUGUGUUCAUUUUCUAA